UUCCGCUGACGUCACCGCGUAUGGCCAUAUCAGGGCUGCAGCUGUCUAAGAGCAACAAUAACAAGCGCUACUCCGCAGCCUGAACGCAGCGUUAACAGCACUGACAGCACUAAAUACCGUCGAAAUUCUCAAAAUGCAGCUUUCCAAAUAACUCCGGUGUUUGUUUCUUGGUCCUCCGAGCUGAACACCGGCUAUCGUCCAGGCUGACGCCGCCGAACAGAGACUCGGGCGCAGGGGGAGCUUUGCAAUUUGCGGCUGCAUCUGGGUCAGUGGGCCCCACGCUAACCGCACCAGAGGUUUGGCUAUCCCCGUGGACCUGUCAGCUGUUCGUACACGCAUCAUAACCCCCAUAUAAACCGGGGCAACAUGGAGGCUAACGGUGGAGGACAGGACCGGGAUUCCGAGCUCUCCUGUCGAAACGGUACUCAGAAUGGUGAGUCGUCCUCCACCGUGGCCGCUCACUCCAACGGACUUAUCUCGGUAACUAACAAUGGCAACGCUGUCAGCAACAACAACGGUGUGGCAGCCCAGCCCGCCUCCAACAACAACAACAACAGCAGCAGCAGCACGGCGGAUGGCGGGUCGGGGGUCAAGAAGAAGAAGCGCCUGUCUCAGUCUGAGGAGGAUGUCAUCAGGCUCAUAGGACAACAUCUGAACGAUUUAGGUCUCAAUCAGACGGUGGACCUCCUGAUGCAAGAGUCUGGCUGCAGACUGGAACACCCCUCUGCCACCAAGUUUCGCAAUCAUGUCAUUGAAGGAGAGUGGGACAAGGCUGAGAGUGAUCUGAAUGAGCUGAAGGCACUGAUGCAUUCUCCUAGUGCUAUAGUGCGGAUGAAGUUCCUACUCCUGCAGCAGAAAUAUCUGGAAUAUCUGGAGGAUGGGAAGGUCCUGGAGGCUCUGCAGGUCCUCAGAGCCGAACUCACCCCUCUCAAAUAUAAUACGGAGCGUAUCCACAUCCUGAGCGGGUACCUGAUGUGCAGUCAUGCUGAGGAUCUGCGAGCCAAAGCUGAGUGGGAGGGCAAAGGCACAGCAUCGCGAACCAAACUGCUGGACAAACUCCAAACUUACCUGCCUCCGUCAGUGAUGCUGCCUCCCCGUCGUCUGCAGACUCUCUUGAAGCAGGCAGUGGAACUCCAGAGGGAGCGCUGCCUCUACCACAACACCAAACUGGACAGUGGUCUGGACUCUGUGUCUCUGCUGCUGGACCACUCCUGCAGCCGGAAACAGUUCCCCUGCUACACGCAGCAGAUUCUCACAGAACACUGCAAUGAAGUCUGGUUCUGCAAGUUCUCCAAUGAUGGCACAAAACUGGCAACUGGAUCUAAAGACACCACAGUCAUUGUGUGGCAAGUUGACAUGGAAAUCCAGCAGCUGAAGUUGAUGAAGACUCUUGAAGGUCAUGCUUAUGGUGUUUCCUACCUGGCAUGGAGCCCUGAUGAUGCUUAUCUGAUAGCCUGUGGCCCUGACGACUGCUCCGAGCUGUGGCUGUGGAAUGUGCAGACGGGGGAGUUACGAACAAAGAUGAGUCAGUCCCACGAGGAUAGCCUAACCAGUGUGGCCUGGAAUCCAGAUGGCAAACGCUUUGUCACCGGCGGCCAGAGGGGCCAGUUCUACCAGUGUGACUUGGAUGGAAACCUCUUGGACUCCUGGGAGGGAGUUCGGGUGCAGUGCCUGUGGUGUCUCAGUGAUGGCCGCACAGUCCUCGCAUCUGACACCCACCAACGCAUCCGAGGAUACAAUUUUGAGGACCUGACAGACAGAAACAUAGUGCAGGAGGACCAUCCCAUUAUGUCUUUCACUGUUUCCAAAAAUGGAAGGUUAGCUCUGCUCAAUGUUGCUACUCAGGGAGUGCACCUUUGGGACCUGCAGGACCGGGUGCUGGUGAGGAAGUACCAAGGUGUCACCCAGGGUUUUUACACCAUCCAUUCCUGCUUCGGGGGGCACAAUGAAGACUUCAUUGCCAGUGGUAGUGAAGACCACAAAGUUUACAUCUGGCACCGGCGCAGUGAGCUGCCCAUCGCAGAGCUGACUGGUCACACCCGCACAGUCAACUGUGUGAGCUGGAACCCCGUGGUGCCCGGUCUGCUGGCCAGUGCCUCAGACGAUGGAACCAUCCGAAUCUGGGGACCUGCGCCCUUCCUGGAUGUCCAGGAUGCAGAGGGACUGAAUGAGUGUUGCAGCAUGGACAGCUGAUGAUCUGCCGCUAACACCCUGAAAGCAUUGAGACUCUGUAGACAUUUGAAUGCAUAAAGUGGGGACGUUUUGGGAAUUGGACAGCUGCAUCUUGAAGGCGUGGCCUGUAGUGGGGCGCGUCUGGACGUCACAACACGAGCUGUCGAACUCGAGGCCGGGCUCCAGGACAUCUGACCCACCUUCUCCUCUUUGUGGACCCGUUCCCUAGAACCACACAGGACCACCAACCUCCUGCUUUAUUAUAAAUUACAUUAUUUAUUCCUGAGUAGUUCACUGACUAGUGCUAGGUGCUGGGUGGAGGGUUUGUCUCUUCUGUCUGAGCUUCUCACAUGAAGAAACUCUGGCUUUUUGACCCGUCACUGAACCUUUUAUGAAACUAUAGCUGCAGCGAUGGUUGAUGGAAGUGAGACCCACUCGAAGAGAAUCUUUUAACUGCUAUAGUCUGUUUUUGGUUUUGUUCUUUAGUUUUAAAUGUGGAGUUUCAUGGCUUGGCUCCUUUGUGCUUUCCUGCUUAAACCCAGAGACAGAAUCGUGUCCCAGGAGCAUGUUGCAUAGGAAUCUGCAGUUUGAUGGAUAACUCAUGUUUUACACUCGCAGUGUUCAAAUGUGUCAAGUGCUUUGCUGUUUCGUGAGGGCAUACAGCAGCUGAUGUGUACAACUGUGUCGUCUUCAGAGCAUUACCUGUCAGCCAUCAUACGUGGA